CAUAUAGAUAUCAAACGAGAUCUAAGGCUGCAGAAUCGAUAGUCAGGUUUAGUUUAUCACUCAUUAUAGAAAGCGGCAUCACCAUACCAUGUCUUCGCCACUAGUGUAUCUUACGAGAAAGGAGUGCUUCAGUGCUUGUCAUCGUUUGCAUAGCCCAUUCCUGAGCGAGGAAGCCAACCGACAGGUGUACGGAAAGUGCAACAACCCGAAUGGACACGGCCACAAUUACACGGUCGAAGUCACCGUGCGGGGUCCAGUAGAUCCGAAGACGGGUAUGGUGCUGAACAUUACGGAUUUGAAGCAGUACAUGGACCAGACGAUUAUGAAGAAAUUGGACCAUCUCAACUUGGACAAGGACGUUCCGUAUUUCAAGAACCUGGCCAGCACAACGGAAAAUGUGGCCAUCUUCAUCUGGGAUAGCCUAAGGCUGAUCAUGCCCAAGCCGGAACUGCUGUACGAAGUCAAGAUUUACGAAACGGACAAAAAUUCGGUCGUCUAUCGUGGUCAGAAAUUCGAUGCACACUUUCAUUAUCGCAAAAAUGACCUGGCAUCCACCGAAAACGUAUGCUCGUCGAAUCUAUCGUCGGAUUCGGAUAGCUAGGCUAGAAGGAUGG